CUUCAUGCAAGAGUACCGGGUGUUGGCAUUUUUGGUGGCAUGCUGUGUGUGUAAUAUACCAGGGGGACACACAAAAUCGGCCAACUUCUCGUGUUACAAACAAGACUGGAAUUCUGUCUAGAGGAAAAAGACAAUCCAAGGAGGAGUGUAAGUGGAACCAAUACUGGGACUCAACUACUGCUACUAGUAGUUGUGAAUUGUGCCUAUGUCCUGCCGGUCAGCGGAACACGGCUACUUGUGGGGAUGGCGUAGGAGGAAAGGUUUGCCAGGAUUGUCCUAAUGGGACAUUCCGUGGUGCUGAAGCUGAUUACCACACCUGCCGACCAUGUACCAUCUGUGAUCCAGAUGCCAAUAUGAAAACUGAGUGCACCAGGACAGAGGAUACACAAUGUGAAUGUAAGGAAGGUCUUGGAACAAUUAAAGAUCACUGUGUAAGCUGCCGGGACCAUCCUCGUGCUGAUGGCUGUCAAACCGAAGACGUGAACACCACCCCAGCACCUCAUGGGGGAGAAGACGGCAAUUCCAACCAAGAUGAUGGCAAUCCUGACCAAGAUGACAGCAAUCCCAACCAAGACCUAAAAGAAUCUAAAAAUGGUCAAGAGAGAGGAUUGUCAACGGCUGGAUUGGUACUCAUUUGCCUUUUUUGUGGCAUCGUUAUUGGCAUCGUUAUUUGCCUUGCCAUUCUGGCCCUGGGUAUUUGGUUACAUGGAAAAUUUGGAAACAAAAAAAGAAAUGCCAAUGGACAAACAAAUUCUCCUCAACUAACGGCGGAGACAACCACUCCACAUGACACAACCACUCCAGCAUCAGCAAGGGAUAGAGAAUCUGAUGCACCUGUGCAUGGAAAUGGAGAAGCAACCCUUGCAAACGGCCCUUCAAGCUCCAUCAAUGCCAAUAAUAUUUCAACAUCUGGAGAACAACCAAGCAGUAAUUCUCCAUUUGAAGGACUCGAGGGGAAAAAUGUGUUUGUACCUAAGUCUGACGAGUCCAUUGCGUAAACUCUCCAAAGGAUGCUCACACUCCAAGCUGCAAAUGAUGCAUUAGCAAGCAAUGGAGAAACUGAUGCACUGGUGCAUCAAAAUGGAGCAGUAACCCAUCCUAACAGCCCUUCAAACUCCAUGUGAGGAAACCUUGUUUUGUCCUAAAUAAGAAAAGAUAGGUAUACUGUUAUGCUGAUAUGUUAUUAUAUGUUAUAUUAUAUUAUGCUGAUAUAUGUGGUGUGUGCAAGUCCAGGUUAUUUUGUCCCAAACCCAGCACAUUGAGGAUUUUAGUAUGGUAGAGGGUCCUAAAGCAAUGCAGCACGUAGAGCGCGCCAAACUUCUGAUGUGACUGAGCAAUGAGAAUCUUAAUGAGGUUUGUCAAAAAUUAUAAGUUAUUUUUCUUUAUUUUUGUGAAAUUAUCAGUACUUGGAUAGAAAUAUGGGUGAAAUUCCAAUCCGUCAGCUUAAUAAUCAAGAACUGCAUUCCUCCCAAAUCGGACAUGGGCAUGGAUAUCAAAUUAAAAAUGAAAGAGAGAGAGAGAAAGUGAAAGUGAUAGUUAUUUACCUGACAGCUAAGAAAGUAAUAAAUGCAUGUUAGUACCGGUAAGCAAACAAAAAUGUGUGUUAUUUACAUGUGUUUAUCGUUACUUUACGAUUUAACUAUGUAUAAUCAAGAUAAGAAGAAAUUUGUGUCGACCACUGAAUUAAAUUACUUUACAGCUCGUAAUAACAAAGUGUGUAGCUUUUGGUUCCCUUUUUGGUUUCAUAAUAUAUCUGAUUCUUGUAAUAGUGUGAAAGCUGUGUUAGAGUUUGGAUCUCACCAGUCAGUAUCAAGUAACAUGACAGUUUUAUGUCAAGUUAUGUUCCUAAUACCAUAAUACUUCAUAAUGUAUGGGACAUCAAGGGACCAAAUUCAUUGUACUUGCCCAUACAUGUAUAUGCCUUGCUUUUUUAUAGUAAGAUUUGAUAACUUCUAAAGUGGAAUAGUACAGGUACUCUAAAAACAGUACUUAAUUAUACAUGUGUAGACAUGUAUGUGUGUUUUUUUUCUCAUGGAUAUGUAGAUUGUGGUGUGAAGGAGUAAAUGGGAUAUUCCUAAACAUAGCAUUCAAUGUUAUUUGAUUGACCUUUACGUCAAUAAAAGCAGAAGAAUGGGAGAAACAGAUCAGUUAAUAUUUCAGUAAAAUUUGAGAAAAGUUUUAAGACAGUCAUUAAUUUUUACAAACUGUAAUAGAUCAAAGUGAAAUAGGGAAAGUCUGUGAUGUUACUUUCUUUCUCUCUCAUCUCCAUUUCACUGAAAAUGUUCCCUUUUCUUGGAUGCCGAUGAAGGAAUAUACUAUUUCAUCAGGAGUUUUGUAUAAAUGUGUGUAUAAUGUUAAUGUAUAGUUAGGUGCAUGUGGAAUUGAAUAUUUUUUUUAAGAGGGAAUAUGAUUUAGUGAUUACCUGUAUAAGUUGUCGUAGACCAACUAGAUGCACAGAGAGAACAUACGUAGUAUCACCAGAUUCGUGCACCUUGCACAAUGCGGGACAAUUUAGGUGGACGUCUAUGCAUUCCUAUAGAAUUCAUUCUUUCCUUUUUUGUAUACGUUUAUAACCCAUGUUGAAUGUUAAUGUUGUCUUUUGGAAUAUGAGUUCUCUGUUAGUCUACACAAUUCAUCUAGUCAGGAGAGCUAUGACAAGCAAGAAGUGCCUUUGUCAUACUUCAGAGAAUGAACAUAUAUCUAAAUAACAGUUACUCUGGUAUUAACUACAUCUAUCUCUUUAUAGGUGUCUUGUAGUAUAAAAAAGUGAUGAUAAAUAAAGAUAUAAGUACAAUAAACCAGUUUGAGAUACAUUUGCUAUCUGCGCAUGAGCAGAUAAGGUCAUUUGUCACUUGGUAUGAAUGUGGGAUAUAUGUUUGUGAAAGUUAUGUAAUCAUUAUUCAUCUAUGCACCAGUGGUUCAUUCCAUGAUAUUCAAGAGAAAGUAUUCGUCUCAUGAGGGAAAAGAAUAGCUUUUCAUGAAAACCCUCCAUCACUCUGGCAGGCAUCAUUCUAAAAUGCCCAAAGCGGGAAUUCUCCAUGUUAAAAAUAUCUGUGGAUAUCUGUUAUUUGCACAUGUGUUAAACUCAGAGGUGGUCUUUGUAUCAGCAUAUUUUUUGAUGCACUUUUCGUUAGGGUUUACCUCUAUGCCAAAUUUGAUCUGCCUUUGAUUCUGAUUCAUGAGGCUACUUGUACAUGUAUGUUUGUCAAGAUAAAGUAAUGUAAGUUCUACUA